AUGCUUAGAACGCGACCACCUUCACUCUUUCCGCGUUCAUGUCGAGGAUACUCACUGCAUGGGCCACCGUCCCAACUUGAAAUUCUCGGAAACAGAUAUCAAACCGACGAAAUCACGAAUAUCACGCCCUCGAUUCUCUCCAAGCUCCCCCUUCGCCUGCAUUCCCGUCCCAAGCAUCCUCUUCACACUCUACGGACUCUCAUUGAGGCUCACUUCCCCACGUUUUCUCACCAUUCAUCUCUCUCUCCCCUCGUCUCACCAUACAAAAAUUUUGACGAGCUCUCGUUCCCUAAAGACCAUCCUGGACGCGCUGUAACUGACAGUUACUAUGUGAACAAGGACCUUAUGCUACGAACCCAUACUUCUGCUCACGAGGUAGAAGUUUUCCGCCGAGGGGACGACAAAUGGCUGCUGACCGCUGACGUUUACCGCCGCGAUGAAAUAGACGGGUCACAUUAUCCAGUGUUCCACCAAAUGGAGGGUGCACGAAUAUUCCCCGCCACUCCAAACGGCAUGCGGGAGGUAGAAGAAGACAAUGCUUGGCUUCGAUCACAGUUGGCGCAGACAAAUAUCGUGAUCGAGGAUGUCCCUCAUGUUGCGCCAACCAACCCAGCCCAGCCAACUCAUGACCCAGCUCAUUCAGCCCUUGUGGCGGAAAACCUCAAAUUGUCAUUGAAUGGCAUGCUGUUGGCCCUCUUUGGCGGCUCUUCUCCUCUGCGCGUCCGGUGGAUCGAGGCGUAUUUUCCGUUCACCAGCCCGAGUUUUGAAGUCGAGGUGUUCUACCGUGGAAAAUGGCUGGAAAUUCUUGGCUCGGGCGUCGUCCGACAAGCUACACUAGAUACAGCCAAUGUACCCAAUAAAAUUGGUUGGGCUUUUGGACUCGGGCUGGAGCGUAUCGCCAUGAUACUGUACUCUAUUCCCGACAUUCGUCUUUUCUGGUCAGAAGAUGAAAGGUUCCUAUCUCAAUUCAAAGAAAACAAGAUCUCGACCUUCAAGCCAUACUCCAAAUAUCCUGCUUGCUCCAAGGAUGUCAGCUUCUGGCUUCCACAAGGCAGCUCACUGCAUGACAAUGACUUCUGCGAUCUCGUGCGGGACGUUGCUGGGGACAUUGUCGAGGAUGUAAAAAAAAUUGACGCUUUUGUUCAUCCUAAAACGAACAGGUCCAGUGCCUGCUACCGUAUAAAUUACAGGUCUAUGGAUCGGUCGCUGUCCAACGAAGAAGUCAACGAGAUUCAAGGGCAAGUGGUGUCGCGGUUGAGGGAGCAGUUUGGAGUUGAGAUUCGGUGA